UUCCUAAUUCGGAGUGUGAUUAUCGAAGGCCAGUGCGCAUGCGUGACCACGUGGACCGGGGGAAAUGGCCGAAAGACAGGCCGUUCACAAGUCGGGGCCUCUCAAGCAGCAGAACAAGGCACACAAGAAUGGGAAACAUCGCACCAAGGGCCAGAUCGCCGCCCUGUUAAAGGGACGGGUGUCGUUCAAGACUCACACCAGAAUCUCGCGCAAAGAAGCGCGUAAAGCCGAUCGGAAGAACAAGAUGAAGCAGCUUCGUGCCAACAAGCGCCACGAGACCUUCAUGGCCAAGAGGAACGUGGGGGUAGAAGGGACCCCACCUCACCUCGUGGUGGUACUCUGCAUGUCUGAGAACGUAGACCAGGAGGCUGUGCACUCGCUGCUGUGUGGGGCAUGCCGAACGGAAGAGGAAGACCCUGCAAUUCCCUUCUCGUCUCUCACCACUCUCUGCCACCCAAGCCUAAAGCACCGGUUCACACUGCUCUUUCUGUCGACCUCCGAUCUAUCUACGCCCUGCUUGAUGUGGCCAAGAUAGCCGACACUCUCCUCCUGGUGUAUGGGGCAGGGAGAGAAGGAGGGAGAGAGGGAGGCACUGGCCCUCCACUGCUGCUACUCCCAGGGGCUCCCUGCUACUUGCCACGCCAUCCAGGGCCUGGAGAAACUGGGUACAAAGCAGAGGAACAGUGCCAAAAAAGCCACACAGAAGACCAUAGAGACACGAUUCCCCGGUGAACGUCUUCACACACUAGACUCUCUUCAGGACGGAGGGAGCGUCUUGAGGUUCAUCUCUAACCAGAAGCGGAGAGCAGUGGUCUGUAGAGACAUGCACCCUCACCUACUCGCAGAGUCGACACAGUUCAUCCCCAGCAAAGAGAAUGAGGAGGUGGGUACUCUGGAGGUGUCUGGGUAUGUGAGAGGAAGACCACUGUCAGUGAACGGACUGCUCCACAUCCCCGGCCUGGGAGACUUCCAGAUGACCCAGAUCACGGCUCCUCCUGACCCUCACCCGGUGAAGGCACGACUCCACAGACCUCCAGCAGUCAUGGACACUGGAGAGGAGCGGGAAGGGAUGGCGGAGGAGAUCAAAGUGGUGGCAGUGGCUGACCCUGCCAAACAGGAGAGUCUGGAUAGAGAGGUGGAGCUAGAUCCAAUGGAAGGAGAACAGACGUGGCCGACAGAGGAGGAGCUAGCCGGGGCGGUGUCUCGCCUGCAGACUCCGCCCACUGGUCAACCUCUGAGGCCCUCCGAGGCCAGGAGAGUGCCAAGAGGGACGUCUGACUACCAGGCAGCGUGGAUUGUGGCUGAUUCUGAGGACGAGGAUGAAGAGGAAGGGUCUGAGGGUGAGGAGGUGCCUGUUGAUGAUGAGAGUGAGAUGGACACGGAGAGUGUGACCUAUGGAGACACUGAGAAAUACGAUGCACAGUUCGACAUGGAGGCAGAGGAGCAGCAGUUUGAGUUGCUCCGUGCCGAGAGGGAGAACGCCAUGUUCCCGGAUGAAGUCGACACUCCACAAGACACUCCCGCAAGAAUCAGAUUCCAGAAGUACAGAGGUGUGAAGAGUUUCCGUACGUCUCCAUGGCACCCUCGAGAGAACCUCCCCAGAGACUAUGCCAAGAUUUUCCAGUUUGAGAACUUCUCCCGGACCAAGAAGAGAGUUCUGUCUCAGGAAGACAAUGAGGCGGCUCUGCCUGGCUGGUAUGUGACAGUCCAAGUGAAGGAUGUUCUAAAGCCGCAGGCAGAAGCACUGGAUCCAUUGUCUAAGCCGCUGGUCGUAUUUGGAUUGCUGGAACACGAAAACAAGAUGUCAGUGGUCCACUUUGUGUUGAGGCGGUGUGACGGGUCGUCAGCUCCGGUCAAGUCCAAGGAGAGACUGGUGUUCCACUGUGGACUGCGGAGGUUCUCUGCCUCGCCUGUCUUCUCCCAGCACACCACCGGAGACAAACAGAAGUACGAAAGGUUCUUUCCCCGAGAGGGUGUGUGUGUUGCGACUGUGUUUGCUCCAAUCGGCUAUCCACCGCAGCCCGUGCUCGUCUUCAAACCUGUACUCGACACGCACCAACUGCUGGCCGUAGGCACGCUGUACAAGGUCGACCCCGAUAGGGUGGUGUGCAAGAGGAUUGUAUUGAGCGGUCACCCAUUCAAAAUCCACAAGAGAUCUGCUGUCAUUCGCUACAUGUUCUUCAACCGUGGUAUGUCUUCUACGAUCCAGUGAAGGUUGUGGGGGGGAAGGUGGCCUGUAACAUGUCACUGAGUACGGUACAUAAUAGAUGUAUGGGGCUAUAAUAGGGAUAUAUGGGGAUCUUCCUUCCCUCCAUGUCCUGCUUUCACUGUCCUCUCGUUUCCGACUCUGUGCAUUAUGUUUGUUUGCGUUGUAGAGGAUAUCCAAUGGUUUAAACCGAUUGAGCUGCGAACCAAGCACGGCAGAAGAGGACAUAUCAAAGAGCCACUGGGGACUCAUGGUCACAUGAAGUGUGUGUUUGACGGGCAGCUCAAGGCUCAGGACACGGUACUGAUGAACCUGUACAAACGUGUUUACCCCAAAUGGACGUACACCGAGGCUGUUAGUUCGCCUCAGGACUGGGGUGACGGCAAGAACGAGCCAUUCACUGAUGAGACUUCCGAAAUGAGUUGAUAAGAACACUUUCAUUUUCGUCUAGUUGUUUGUACAAAGCCCAUGAAUGUGUGUUUCUCUUAUCAGACUGUCCAGAAAAUGGCCAUUUAAUAUAACAGCAGGACUAUGCACAAUUCUGCAUGUGUCUUCAUAAGUUAGAUGAAGUUAGAGUUGACUGCAUGUGUCUUAAUAAGUUAGUUGAAGAAACUAUGUGCAUUA